UGGGAGGUUGAGUAUGUGGCCGCCUACUUCUCCCGCGAGACUUGCCGUGACGCAUCGCACGUUAUUGCCGACAUUGCUCGCCUGGUUGGUCUGAUCAAGGACAAGCUUGACAUCACACCCAUCAAGAAGCGCCUCGAGCCCUUCCUGAAUCCCAUUCUACCUCGUCAUACCAUCCGCGUCAACAUUGCCGAUACCGAGACCCAAACACUUGGCCCCUCGACAUCGUCAGGCAUAUCUUCUGAUCUGCUCCGCCUGCACUUUGAUGCGCCCACUGGAACACAAGUCACGACGACGGCGAACACAGACCCAUCGUCUUGCUUCGUCACACCUGGUCGUACCGUCUUGGCUGAGCCUACAGGCUGGGGCGUCAUCUCGGACAUCGACGACACGAUCAAGAUCACCGGCACCCUUUCUCCCAUCGCCGUCCUCAAGUCAACUUUCCUCGAGACACCAACGCCAGUAUCAGGCAUGCCUGAGCUGUAUACCGACCUGGUCAAGUACCUCGCCGAUCCCAUCUUCUUCUAUCUGUCCGGAUCUCCGUACAAUUUGUAUCCUUUCUUGCGUAGCUUCCGCAAAGAGCACUUCCCUGAUGGCACCAUGAUUCUCCGUGAUGCUUCCUGGCAGAAUCUGGGCGGUCUGAUCAGCAGUCUGUCCAUCAACGUCCAAGAGUACAAAGUCGACAGACUUGAAAAGAUGCGUACCUGGUUUCCUGAUCGUCAGUUCAUCUGUAUUGGCGACAGUACACAGAAAGAUCCAGAGUCGUACGGUGAUAUUGCGAGACGCCAUCCUGGCUGGAUCAAGGCUAUCUACAUCCGCCGUGUUCCUGAUGAAAAUGGAAUCCAAGGCGCUCUGAAUCCUGACCGAAACUCGAAGAAGCGAUUUGAGGCAGCCUUCAAGGAACUGGAUCCCAAAAUGUGGCUGGUGUUUGAUGAAGCUGAUGAAGUGCGAAGGAACGUGCAGUUGCUG